AUGGCCGACUGGGUUUUCGUGCUUCUCACAUCUUACACAUUCCUCAACUCCAAGUAUCAAGGCAGCCUCUCCUCGCUUGCGGUUGCAUUUCAGCCCGCGGCACCUUCGCAGAUCCAGCCUUACGUCGAGUUCCGGUCUACUAGCCGUUUUGGCAAAGAUGAUGACCAAGUUGCCAACUUUGCCUCGCCUUUUUCGGCUCUCGAUGCCGAGAAGGCUUGGAUGACUCGCAGGAAACUGCAAGAAGACGUUCUUGUUCACUGUCGCAAUUGUAUCGGGGUGAAAGUAACUGCUUCUAUUUCUUUAGUUGCAUUCUAA